AUGUCUCGACUGAAAAGACAAAAAUUGAAAGCUGAAGCAGUGAAAUAUGAAACUAUCAAAGUAGAAGAAAGCAAGAAAAGAAAAAAAAAAGAACAUGAAUAUAAUCUUACUGAAGAACAGAAGGAGCACAUAAGAACAAAAAAUAAUGAAGCGCAAAGGGAUGUUUUUUCAAAAAGAAGAAGCCAUACUAAACACUGCAGAAUUCAUAUUAGUGAUAAAUCCUAUUGUUGUAGUAUAUGUAAUAAGAAUAUUUCACAAAGAGAUCUGACUAAACACAAUCGUGUUCAUAUGGGUAAGAUGCCUUAUUCUUGUAGUAUAUGUAAUAAGAUUUUCUCACGUAAAAGUGCACUGACUGGACACAGUCGUGCUCAUACUGGUGAGAAACCUUAUUCAUGUACUAAGAGUUUUUCACGAAGAUGUCUACCAACUGAACACAGUCCUGUUCAUACAGGGGAGAAGUUUUAUUCAUGUAGCAUAUGCAAUAAGAGUUUCUCACAAAAAAGUGCACUGACUGCACACUUUUUUCUUCAUACUGGUGAGAAGAAACCUUAUUCUUGUUGUACAUGUAAUAAGAGUUUUUCAACUAGAUCUAAUUUGAUUCAACAUAGUCGUGUUCAUACUGGUGAGAAACCUUAUUCUUGUAGUAUAUGUAAUAGGAGUUUUUCACAAAAAGGUAUGCUGACUCAACACAAUCGUGUUCAUACUGGUGAGAAGCCUUUUUCUUGUAGUACAUGUAAUGAGAAAUUCUCACGAAAAAGUUCACUGACUGCGCACUUUUCUGUUCAUAAUGGUGAGGAGAAACCUUAUUCUUGUAGUAUAUGUAAUAGGAGUUUUUCUCACAAACAUAAUCUAUUUGAGCACAUUCGAGUUCAUACUGGUGAGAAACCUUAUUCUUGUAGUAUAUGUAAUGAGAGUUUUUCACAAAAAAAUAUACUGACUCAACACAAUCGUGUUCAUACUGGUGAGAAGCCUUAUUCUUGUAGUACAUGUAAUAAGAAAUUCUCAAAUAAAAGUUCACUGUUUUCACACUCUUUUGUUCAUACUGGUGAGAAGAAAUCUCAUUCUUGUAGUGUAUGUAAUAAGAGUUUUAUAGGAAGAUUUCUAUUGACUGAACACAGUCGUGUUCAUACAGGUGAGAAGCCUUAUUCUUGUAGUAUAUGUUAUAAGAGAUUUUCAUUAAAAGGUAAUUUGACUCAACAUAGUCGUGUUCAUACUGGUGAGAAACCUUAUUCUUGUAGUAAAUGUAAUAAGAGAUUUUCAAGUAAAGCUUAUUUGACGCUACAUAGUCGAGUUCAUACAGGUGAGAAGCCUUAUUCUUGUAGUAUAUGUUAUAAGAGAUUUUCAUUAAAAAGUAAUUUGACUAAACAUAGUCGUGUUCAUACUGGUGAGAAACCUUAUUCUUGUAGUAAAUGUAAUAAGAGAUUUUCAAGUAAAGCUUAUUUGACGCUACAUAGUCGUGUUCAUACUGGUGAAUAAACCUUAUUCUGGUAGUAUAUGUUAUAAGAGUUUUUCACAAAUAGUUCUUCUAAAUAAGCACAUUUGUUUUCACACUGGAGAGAAACCUUUUACAUGUAAUAAGGCUUUUUCAAGGAAAGAUUAUCUAACUCAUCACAUUCAUGUUCACACUGUUUAGUAAUCAUUGUCUUGUGUAUGUAAAAAAAAAAGUUUUUUUUUCAUUUAGGGACGUUCCAACUUUUCAUUGUUUUAUUCAUACUGGUUAAAAAAAAACUCAUUCUUAUAAUAUAUGUGUAUGAGUUUUUUUUUCUUCAAAAGACUGACUUUUAUGUUCGCGUUUGCACUGGUGAUAAAAUUUUCGUUAUAACGUUAUGUAAUAAGAGUGUUUCUCAGAAAUGUCAUCGAACUAAAUACUGUGUUGAUUGAAAUCAAACAAUUUUUUUUUUACAAAUCAUUUGAUUUAAAUCAACUGAUUUUUUUUAUAUAUGCAUUGAUUUUAAAAGUUAAAAAACAGUGUUUU